UGUGAGAAUGAGGAAGGAAGUAUGCUCAGGGAGGGGCUAGCUACCGGGGUGGGGGCGAGGAAUAAGGCCGUCUGACCGAGAGGCGGGAGCAGAACCUGGGAGCUGAGAUUGAGGCAGCAGAGGAGAGCUAGCUGUUACCACCAGGAGCAAGGCCAGGCCAGGCACCAUGACCCAAGCACCUAACAGCACCUGCUUGCCCGGGAUGUUGGUGAGAGCUAGCAAAACCCUGAGCCAGUACCAGGAGGAAUACCUGUGGCCCGUGCUAAUGGUCGAGUUCCUCGUGGCCGUGGGGGGCAAUGGCCUGGUCCUCUACCGCUUCAGUACCCAGGAGCAGCGCCCGUGGCAUCCAGCCAUCAUCUUCUCAGCCCAGCUGGCUGUCAGCGACCUGUUCUAUGCCUUCUCCCUGCCUCCCCUGGUUUUUUACUUCUAUCCGCCCAAACACUGGAGCUUUGGGGCAGCUGCAUGUCUGUUCGAGCGCUUCCUCUUCAACUGUAACCUUUACAGCAGCAUUUUCUUCAUCACUUGCAUAAGCCUCAAUCGCUACCUGGGCAUCGUGCACCCUUUCUUUGCCCAUGGCCAUGUGCGACCCAAGCAUGCCUGGGCCAUCAGCCUGGCUGGCUGGGGUCUUGUGGCUGCCCUGGCAGCACCUACCUUCAAGUUCUCCCACCUUGUCUUCCCCCAAAAUGGCACAGGGGCACAUUGCCAUGUGAAUCAGCCUGAGGGCUGUACUAAAUGCCUGGGAACAGCUGGAGAUGACCAUCUGCCAGACUACUGGGUCUACAGCCUGGUGCUGGCGCUGCUGGGCUGCGGUCUGCCCUUCCUGCUCACUCUCCUGGCCUACAGUGCCAUCAGCCAGGCCAUCCUGACCAACCCUAAUAUAACAAGGCCAGAGAAGCUCAAGGUGGGAGUGCUGGUGGGUGGUGGGGUAGUCCUCUAUGCCAUGUCCUACAUCCCAUACCACAUCAUGCAUGUCCUUAAUGUCCAGGCCCGCCAGCGCUGGCUGGACCGCUGCAGCAGCUUCUCAAACGAGUCACAGGCUGUGGCUGCUCUGGACCUUGGUCUAUACCUAGCCUACCAGGCAAGCAGAGGGCUCGUGCCUCUGGCCAUGUGCUUCCACCCACUGCUCUAUACAGCCGUGGCCUCAAGCCUCCGAUGCCCAAGACUAUGUGGGAGAACUAUGGGUGGGGAAAUAUCCCUGAGGCAGAUAAGUCCCACUCAACCUUGACCACUAACAGGACGCAAAGCAGCAUGUCAAACGGGGCUUUAUUAGGACACUUAAUUGUCUGAGACCAGCAUUGAGCCUAUGACUUAGUGAGCAAGGGUGGGGGGUGACAGGGAUGGAGGGCAAGAAAGGACCUUGUGUUCCUGCCUCUUCUCCGUCAAACCACUGUGCCAGACCGAUGCAAGAAUUAAGUGACCAAAGUUAGAAACCUCAAGUGGCCUUUGACUCUCCUAUUCCCUUGCUCCUUGCUAACUAGUCCCCCAGACCUGGCUCUCUUUUCCAAUCCAUCCUAAGCAUCUUGCCAACACAGUGCUAGCAUUCCCCUAGUCAAAAACUUCAGAGCCUAUCGCCUCUAAAAUAAGAUACAAACUCCUUUGGAAAGCUCCAAAACUUUCCUGCUCUGAACUCCCCCUACUCCAAACCUUCUAGUUCCAUCCAAACUGGAUUGCUAAGGGUUCCUUGCAGUGGAAGGCAUCUCCUACUCCACCCCCUACACACGUUUGUUGGGCUUAUAAUACACGCACUUAUCCAUGAAUCCAAAGCCUUAGCUUCCUUCAUGGCUCAGCUCAGAUGCCAGAUUCACACAGCAAUUAAUCCCCAACACCCCCCAAGCCCAAGCUGAAAAUAUUUUCAAAUUUUCCUUUAACAUUUCUCCUUUGCCCAGACCUUGCAUAUGCCUUCCUGCACAGGUUCUAUUCCACCUCUCAAUCUAUAAGUCCCCAGAUGGUGAGGGCUGUCAACUCAUCUUUGAAUCCUGAGCCACAAAUAGUAUUCUAAAAAUAAUUAUGUGGUCAAAAACAAUGGGAAAGCUCACAUUUUUGCAAAAAUAUUUAUAACAGUACUUUUUGUAGUCACAAAGAACUAAAAAGAAAGUUGAUACCAUUAACUAGGGAAUGAACAAAUCGCAGGACGUGGAUAUAAUGCAAUCUGUAACAAGUGACAAACAUGAAGAAAUCAGAGAAAUAUGGGAAGACUGUUUCCUAAGACCAUAGACAUGGAGCUGGCAGGGAUGCCAGAAGUCUCACCCUCCCUCCCCAACUUCUCCUUUCACAGAGGCUAACCCUGAGACCUAUAGAUUAAGUGACUUGUCGAUGGUCACGCGGCAUUAAAUCACAGAGCUAGAUAUGACUGAUGCAAAGGAAGCAAAAUCAGGAUAACUGACAAAAUUAUUUCGAUAACAUUAAGGGAAAUCUUCCUGAUUGAUACCAAUGUGUCUGUCCAUCCACUCUCAGUGGAUCUGAUGGUGAACCACGCUUCCCUCCCUCCUCUUGGCCAAGGUGGACAACAGGCAUGGAACAAAACAUGUUUUCAGACAUGGACCAACUUGUUUUUGUUAGCACUUCUCUGUAAUGAGGGAGGAUUCUAAUAUGGGGAGAGUGAAGUGAAACGACCACUUCAUGAAGAAGUGAUUGAUGUAAAUAAAAUUGUUAAAGAGAAAAAUGAAACAAAACAGGCACUGAAUAAAAAAGGCUUCUGAAUGACUUAACAGAGCAAGAAAGUCACUUGUGCCCUAAAGCAGGAUGAGGGUGGGAGCUGUGGGUAGGGAGCCUGUAUUGAGAGUCCCAAGAAGGGAGGGAAGGCGCCACCUGGUGAGCGCUCUCAGCCAGAGUCGGGGCCAAGGAAGAGGCUGGGUCAAUCGUGGAUAGCCACAGGCACCACGUGGCUCUCUGCUGGUCUGAGAUGUGUUCCUGAGACUUAGAAGAAUUAAAAAAAAAAAA